UGUUUGUUCCGUUCCCCCACUAAGGCUGAACCCCCAAAAAUGAAAAAGUACGUGUUAGAUUUAAGUUAUACCUUUUCUGACCAUCGCCGAAAGAUUUGCAUCGGACGUAGGCCAGAAUGGACUGCGGUAGGUCAAUUGAAGCAAGCCGUUGCCGAUCUGUUUCACAUUCCGUCCGAGGUGUUUGUCUGCUGCGAGCACGGUAUCUACUAUCCCGACACGGAACACAUCGACAUUCUGCCGGAUAGUGUAACACUCAAGUUUGUGACGGCACAAAAGAAGGCAAGCAAUUCGGACUCUGAGGAAAGCGUUAAGAUCGUGACCGCACCGAAACGCAAAAGCUGCGACCAGCAGAUCAAUGGUUCAAACGAAAUCUUCUUGCUGGAUAUCCCAAAACCAAAGCGAAGGCGCGUACGGAAGCGCAAGUUGUCCGCUGCUGCCAAGGCUAGCAAACUUUCUGAAGACACCUCCGAUGAAGUGGUUGUUCAAGCUGAAAAUGGACAACCCGAAGCCAAAUUGAAAUCACCUGCUAAGGAACCACGAAUCGAAAGUCGGAUUGCAGAUGUAGUGGUUGUAGUUCCUUUCCGGAAUUUACGUACCGAAUUAAAGGCUAGAGUGGUACGAGCUAUAUCACCGUCAAUUCCCGAACCACCAGCACAACACAAUGGCAUUAGUAAUGGUGGAGAGAACCAUGCAACUGUAGGCACUCGCAGCCCGGAACCCAGUGGUGCUGAAGAGGAAUCAAGUGUGCCUACUGUUAACGGGAAUGCGGCUGGAGAAAUUACCGCUGUAUAAUUGCGUAACUGUUUUAGGUCAUCUUCACUGGUACACGAAUCAAUUCUUAGGGCGGAUUGGACCUUAUCUUUCGAUUGAUCGUCCGUAAAUAUUUUGGAUUGGCAUUUUCUAACAGAUCAUAAUUAGCGCGGAUACGCCGCUCCGGAUUUGGCACUGACGAGAAUGUUCGAAGCAGCAAAGGCGAAAAGAAUCGCUCAGAAGCCAGCUGUUGCAACGGAAAGACUAAAUCCUAGAAAAUGUGAGACAGGUAGUGUUUGAUUUAAGUUCGCUUUGAGUAUGAUCGAUUCAGUGCCCACAGCAAAGAAGUACUUUUCA